GAUGACUUCUCCAUGGUGGGAGACCGGCUGGCAUGGCGAAGAAAGGACAUCGAGCGGGCCGCAGCUCGCGGACGGGCAAGCGUGCGCAGCGCCUUUGCAAGAGUCCGAGCUCAACUAAAUGAAAGAGAAGCAGAGCUGCUGGAGUCUUUGGACGCCUAUGAGAGCGGCUCUUUGUCCAGCCUUGACACAGGACACGCCGAGUAUGGCAGCCGGCUCAGUGAGCUCCGGAAGCUCCAG